AUGGAAGACCUCAAGAAAAAAAGGACGCCUUUGAAGGCUAAAAUUACAAGGAUCGAAAACUGGCUCUCACAAAAGGCUAGUACGGAAAAGGAUGCGCUACAAUUUCAAUUUCGGCAAACAGAAUUAAAAACCUGUUUUUUAAAAUAUGAAGAAAUAAUGGAUCAGAUAGACGAGAUUGAUGAAGCCGGUACUGAAGCAGAAGACAGGGUAACAACUGAGCAAAAAUAUUUCUCUAUUCUCGCGGGCCUACAGCGUAAGAUGGACGAGUUAUUGUUGGGCCCCCCUCCUCUCAGAUCAAAUAGCACUCAGCCAACUGUGGCCACUGCUAAGGUUAGGCUUCCGGAGAUCACCAUGCAAACGUUCUGCGGGUCAUUCUCUGAGUUCAACUCGUUCUACCAGCUCUUCGAGACGCUAAUAGUGAACAAUGAAGAACUCAAUAAUGUGCAACGAUUUAUUUACCUUAAAUCGUUCCUGCGAAAUGAACCCCUCCAGUUGAUCGACAACAUCGAAGUUAUCGACGAAAAUUUCGAUAUAGCUGUAAAAACUCUCAAAGAUCGUUACGAAAACAAAUCGCGAGUGAUUAGCUUACACAUUCAAAAAUUGUUAAAGGCUCCAUCUCUAGUUAAAAGUAAUUCAAAGGCAUUACGCGAAUUUUUAACUCUAGCUCAGCAGACGCUGCUCGCUUUGAAAAAUAUGUCAGUACCAAUUGAGCAUUGGGAUUUACUAUUAAUUGAAAUAUUUUUAAAAAAAUUAGAUUUUGCUACACAUAGGGCCUUUGAAUGGUAA